CCGCUCCCUGCGCCGCCGGUUGCCCGGGGGAUGAGCUCGGAGAAGGGGAAUGUGUCGCGCACGCGGCCCCAGCGCUACCAGAACGCGCGCGCUUUCAGGAACGACAAGUACGACACCAGCGCUCAGCGCAAGAAAAUAAACGCUAAGCUUCAUGAUGGAGUCUGUCAGCAUUGCAAAGGAGUCUUGGAGUGGCGGGUAAAAUUCAACAAGUACAAACUACUCUCAAAACCUAAAAAAUGUGUGAAGUGCCUCCAGAAGACUGUAAAAGAUCCUUACCAUAUUAUUUGUCGACCAUGUGCUGGUAAACUAGAAAUUUGUGCUAAAUGUGGAAAAGAAGAAGAAAUUGUAAUUCCGAUUGAUAAAGGACAAGACAGAACUAUGAGUGUGACUACUAAAAAUGGUCCAGAGAGCAGUGGAUUGGAGGGUGAGCUGGAUUUUGAUACAAACUUCAGUAGCACAGAAAGUGAUGAAGAUUCUGAUGUGCUUGAAAAACAAUUUAAAAGUAUGAAUUUUGAAAGGACAGAGAUCUAAAAUGUUGAGUUAUAUGAGAGACUGUAUGCAAUCAAAAGUGGUUUGCCUUAAACUGCUCUGAAAACCUGAUUUGACAUCUAAGGUCCCUGCAUAUAAAUGUUGGCACCGUGUAUUAUCACACUUGUUGGGGGUUCUGUAUAAAAUAUUUUUUUUUUAAUUAAGAGCAGAAUGCCUUGUGAAAAGAUUCAGAAAUUGAAUCUUUAAGCAUAGUUAUUUCUUGCAUACAUG